AAUUAAUAUUGCAGCUAAUUAACUACUAUAUAUACGUACGUUUCCUGGCAGGGAAUUUUGGACGAGCUUUUUGAUCAAAUGAAAGCAGUUCAGAAUGAACAAAAUCCUUGCUUUGUUGCGAAUUUGAUCACCACAUUCCUUGGUGAUUCUGAAAAUAUUAUAGCACAACUCAGCACAUAUCUGAGUGCUCAGGAUCCUGAUGAAGUCAACUAUGCCCAGGUGGCAACACUUGCCCUCACGCUCAAGGGAAGUAGCUCAAGUGUCGGUGGUGGCCGGAUGGCGUUAGCCUGUAGCCAGCUCCGAGAUGCAAGCGAUGUAAAUGACCAUGAAGAGUGCAUUAUUGUUCUUGACCUUGUUAACCAAGAGUUUCUCGUCUUGCGGGAGAAUCUGAAUCACAUUGUUCAGAUGGAACGCGCAAUCCAUGAAAAUGAGAUCAAAAGGCGCAAUACGUAGAGAGAGCUGGUUUGUUCACUUUGUUAGGAGAACUUCUCCAGAAGCUCAUUGGUUUCUUUAUUAUGUUGUUGGCUAUGGAAUAAUAGUUCAUAUAAACUUUUAUUAUUAUAAAAGUUCAUAUAAAAGUUCACUAUCUAUUAUUACAGACACAUAUAAUUAUGGAAAAAUUACCGAGGUAACAUGUGAAAAUA